AUGUCUGAACCAACCCCCUUCAUCUCAUUCAAUUCUCCACCUCCAACCGUUGACACCAUUCACUUAAGAAACAUUCAACUUCAACUGCCCACCGCCCCAGAAGCAUGGCACCGGACUGGAACACCCCAGCCCUGCACUGCAUCCCUAAGGUUUUCCUACUCGUCGUCAGUCGCCGCAGCCGAAGCAGACGAUGUCGCCUGCACAAUCGACUACGGCAAAUUGUUCCGCCGCAUCAUUCGGAAUAUUCAAGACCAGGGUGAAGCAACCAAGUCAGACGGAUGUAUUCUCGGGGAUCAUAUCACCAACACAGAUGGGACCUCACUGCAGGAGAUGCUAUACAAAGAUAUAAGUCAAGACGUGCGAUUCUUCCCGACGAUCAUCGCGAGGUGUUGUUUGGAAAUAUUGGAUGAGUGUGCGGAAGCAUGCCCCCAUCCCACGGCAAUCAACCCUGAAUACGGCCACUUCGACAUCCAGCUUCAUCUCCCGAAGGCGAUUCUCCGCGCCGACGGGGGGUUUUCGCACCAGAGCACCUUCGCCAUUGGAAGGACCCAAAAUGAAACAUCAGGCAGAAAUGAGCGAUGUCUCGUCCUUCUAGACGAAGUAUUCGAAGUCCGCAACAUUCGCUGCUUCUGCAUCCUGGGCAUCAAUCCCUGGGAGAAGCUCGAGAAGCAGGCCGUGAAUGUUUCGCUGAAGUUCAAAGGAGUCGGGGGGCUGAAAUGGGGCACCACGGUGGUGGAGACGUAUCAGGCAAUGGUCCGUGAGUUGGCUGAGCGUGUGGAGAAUACCUCGUUUGGGAGCGUCGAGGCGCUGGCAUCCUUUAUUGCACGUAUUUGCACGAUGGACUUUGGGAAUGAGGAGGUCACGGUUUUAGUGGAGAAGCCUAAUGCGCUGGCUUUUGUAGGUGGAUCGGGGCUGGAGAUUACGCGCUCGAGGGCUUUUUUUCAGUGA